AUGCCCUUCGGAUCGGUCUGGUGGUUCGUCUAUGCCGGGAUCUCAGCUUUCCUCGUCAUCUUCGCCGGGAUCAUGUCCGGUCUAACCCUAGGUCUCAUGUCUCUCGGACUCGUCGACCUCGAGAUUCUUCAGCGCAGCGGUUCUCCCAAGGAGAAAAAGCAAGCAGCGGUUAUACUUCCCGUGGUUCAAAAACAACAUCAGCUUCUUGUGACUCUGCUUCUGUGUAAUGCUGCUUGCAUGGAGGCCCUUCCGAUAUACCUAGAUAAGAUGUUCAAUCAGUUUCUUGCUAUCAUUCUCUCUGUGACUUUCGUUCUGUUUUUUGGGGAGGUUAUUCCACAAGCAAUUUGUAGUAGAUAUGGCCUUGCUGUGUGUGCCAACUUCGUAUGGCUUGUGCGAGUUUUGAUGAUAAUCUGUUACCCAAUUGCUUAUCCCUUCGGAAAGGUUCUAGAUUGGCUGUUGGGACAUAAUGAGGCUUUAUUUAGGCGUGCUCAGUUAAAAGCUCUUGUCUCCAUCCAUGGCAAGGAGGCUGGGAAAGGCGGUGAGCUUACGCAUGAUGAGACAACAAUUAUCAGCGGAGCUCUGGAUUUGACUGAAAAGAUUGCUGAAGUGGCUAUGACUCCUAUUGAAUCAACUUUUUCUUUGGAUGUUAAUUCAAAAUUGGACUGGGAAGCAAUGGAGAAAAUUCUUGCACGGGGGCACAGCCGAGUUCCUGUCUAUUCUGGAAAUGCAAAAAACAUUAUUGGGCUUCUACUGAUCAAAAGUCUUCUCACUAUACGACCAGAAUCAGAGACCCCUGUCGGUGCUGUUUCCAUCCGUAAAAUUCCACGAGUUCUAUCAGAUAUGCCUCUCUAUGAUAUACUAAAUGAGUUCCAAAAGGGCGGUAGUCAUAUGGCUGCAGUUGUUAAGGCUAAGGGAAAAGGAAAAGGAAAAAUGACCCCACAAACAAUUGACGGAGAGAAACAUGAGGAAAACACAAGGGUUGGUGGGGAUUCGCAGUUGACUACUCCGUUACUACAGAAAAAUGAAAAUAUUGAAGAUGGUGAAGUGAUUGGCAUUAUCACUCUAGAAGAUGUAUUUGAAGAACUUCUACAAGAAGAGAUUGUGGAUGAAACAGAUGAAUAUGUUGACGUUCAUAAGAGAAUACGUGUGGUUGCAGCAGCUGCAGCUGCUUCCUCAAUGGCACGGGCUCCAUCAAUCCGAAGGUUGACUGGCCAAAAGGGAGGAGGGGGCCAAAGUAAGCCACCAGUAACUCCGAAGAAAUCUUCAGGGGAGGAUGUUGUGAACACUACAAGGAACUCAAGACAAGGUUAGCGGCCCACGUAAUACAUGAUUGUGUGUGCAUUGGAUUAUUGAUAGUGCAAGUAGCUUGAUUUAGAAAGUCAUGACUCUUGUACUUGAUGAAUGUUGUAAGGAUUCCACAUGUAUUAUUUUGAUGGUUUUGAGAUAUCACGUAUAAAUCUAUGGAUAUGCUAAAACAGCUUGAGCUUCUUGUAAUUGCGGAUUUUCGGCGUUAAACUUGAUGUGUGUGUAUUUUAGUUAUCUUGU